UCUUCUAGACACUGUUAAUUGUGAUAAUCACACCUCGAAUGCAGGCUCUGUAUUUUAUUUUUAUCUUUUUUUUGGUGUCAAAACAUUGGAUGGGAUAUUAAAUUUAGAGGCCCAAAUUGGCUGAAAUUUACUCUUCACCUGCACAUAAACCUCACUCGUUGAAGUGUAAAACCCUACAUCCCCUACAAAUUUUGGUGCUGGAAGUUGGAGCUAUCCAGAAAAAUGAAACACGGAAUCUUGGAAGUUCUUCCACUCUCCGCUGAAAAGGGCUCAAUUUUAUUGAGGAGCGAUAUAGCAUUUAUGUGUCGGCUGUUUUCAAAUGGACAAAGUAGGAGUGAAUCUGGAUAGUACAAGUGAAGGAAGAGGUGACUUUGUAAUGGUUUGCUAAUUCAGCCUCUCGGGUCUAUAUGCCAGUUGCUUUACUAUCACUUUGAAGAGAUCAUGGCUGGGGCAGGUCAGCCACCACGGCGUGACAAACCUUCAAUUAAGUACCGCUGUAGUUCAUUGGAUGGAGCAUCCUUUGAGCUUGUUGAUUUUGGUGGUAAAGAUUACGUCUCUGCUUCAUCUAAUAAAAAUAAGAAGAGCAGAACUCCUGAUUCAACAUCAUCACAGAUUUUGAGCACCAGGGAGCUCAUUUCAGCACUUGGCUCUAUAUGGAAUUGUGCAAAUGGCAUUCUUUCUAGUUUAGUUUCUAAAUCAACUUUCAGAUAUGAUGAUGAUUGCCUUCAGAAAUGCACCAUUCUUUGCUAUCCCUCUGGGGAAAGGGCAUGUAAUGCAUGCAUGGUAGCUGACAAUCAAAAUGACAUGGUUAAUCCGAUAAGUGUUCGGGAUUCUCCACCAGUGUUCUAUGCAAAUCUGAGGUAUCUGAAAGUGGUGGACAAGAUUUCAUUUGUUCAACCUUCUUCUGGAACUUAUUUGCUUCUAAGAAGACUUCUUCACAGUAGUUAUAGAAUGCCUCAGGAAUCUUGGAAAGAAAAAGGCUUUCCAAAUUCAAAUCUAGGAUGUGAUCUGGAAAAAAUGUAUGGUUGGAUGACUGAAAUAGCUCUUUCUAAUCCAAAAUGUCAGUUGAACUUCAACCCUAUGGAGAAACAAGACACUGAUGACUACUAUGGUGGGCACAAUAGGAGUGAUCCCACAACUUGCAGUGUGUCUGUAAUUGAACCUAUUGUUGCCACUAAUUUGAUCACGGAAAAUGGCAACUCUGAAACUGAUGAAAUCCGACUCAGAGGUUCUUUAUCUGUUCAAAAUAAUGAUCCUGCUAAAAGUACAAGGGCUUCUGCUACACUGUGGACUGAGGAUGGGACAGUCCGAGAUGUAAAUGCCUGCACGUCUGAGCUUCCAAGUUCAAAUGCUCCUGCAAAUUCUCUAGGAUGCCUUCUACUUUCUGGCGUUUGUAAUACCGAAGAAAGUGAAAUCUCAGUUCAAACUGACCAGCAAGAGACUGAAAAGCAUCAGCAGCAGGAGCUUGUCAUUGGGGACAACUCAGAAAUGCAGAUUUGCUUGCCAAUGAAGGAAAAGUCGCAUACUGCAGUUGCAAAACAAGGGCAUGCUUUUGCAGGAGCUAUGGCUGGUGUAUUCGUCAGCUUGUGUCUCCACCCAGUGGACACGAUCAAGACUGUUGUUCAGUCAGGUCGUGCUGAUCAGAAAUCUCUUCAUGAUAUAAGUCGAUCAAUUAUCUCUCAAAGAGGUGUAACAGGGCUUUAUCGUGGAAUUUCAACUAAUAUUGCGUCUUCAGCACCAAUUUCUGCGGUCUACACUUUCACCUAUGAAUGGGUAAAGGGGAAUUUGCUUCCCUUUUUUCCCAAGGAGUAUCAAUCUUUGGCCCACUGCAUAGCAGGAGGAUGUGCCAGUGUUGCUACUUCAUUUAUUUUCACUCCAAGCGAGCGUAUAAAGCAGCAGAUGCAAGUUGGUUCACGCUAUCAGAACUGCUGGAAUGCAUUGGUCGGCAUCAUUGAAAAAGGUGGUUUGCCUUCAUUGUAUGCUGGCUGGGCAGCUGUACUCUGCAGGAACAUUCCGCACUCUAUCAUCAAGUUCUACACAUACGAGAGUCUGAAGCAAUUAUUUUCCCAAGUUCAGUUGAAUGGUCAAACCAACACGCUUGUGACGUUAGUCUCUGGAGGUUUGGCUGGAUCUACUGCUGCAUUAUUUACGACUCCUUUUGAUGUUGUCAAGACAAGAUUACAAACACAGACUCCUGGAUCCAGGAACCAGUGUCCUGGUGUCUUCGAUACACUUAGAGAAAUUGCUAAGAAGGAAGGAUUAAAGGGUCUCUACGGGGGAUUGACGCCAAGAUUGUUCAUGUAUAUGACCCAAGGAGCACUCUUCUUUGCAUCGUACGAGUCUUUUAAGAUGGUAUUUUCUCUGGAUAGCUCCCAAGUGAAUGUUCAAGCCUGUCGACAUGAACAAGUCAAGGAGGAUGAUCCACCAUCUUUUCUUCACCAGGAUCAAGACAGCAUCAUAUGCCUGCUGGUCAACUAAAUUUUUGGAGUUUGCUCAAUCGAACAGGGAGCUUCUACCAUGUUGAGGCACUAACUUAGGUGAAUGUGGAACAUGAACAACUGACCAUCGACCAUUUAUUUCAUUAAUUAAACUCGAUUAGGAUGAUAUUCUCCUGUCUUUGAGUUGAGAAAAAGAGCAACACAGAGGCAGUACUUUGUGGCAUUUGUGCCAAACUAAAGUUUCUUGUAGUAAUUAUUUUGCCUAUUGGCAACUAACUGCUGUCAGGUGUAAUGACAUUUUUGGUUUGAAGAUUAU